CAUAAUGUCAGGCGGUCAAUCAUAAUGUCAAAUUAAAUUCUAAGAUUUGCUCGUGUUUACGUAAAACAUUUUAAAUUUUUUCCGAUUUAAAAAAAUAUUUCAAUCAUCAUGUUACGGCGUUUUUCAACUAUUUUCAUACAAAAUCGGGGUAUAAAACACCAAGUUAAAUUAAAAUGGGUUCGACCUCCUUAUGUGCCAGCUUACAAACCUGAAAGAUCUGGCGAUCUAGAGAGCAUGCCGGAGAUUCCCCCGACUGCUCUAGGAAAGGACUACGCUCUAAGCGAUGAAAUAAAAGAUGCUCCAGAGGCAGUCAAAAAAAUAUUUUCUGUAGCUCAUUUAGGCCAAAAAGAAUACAAUGCUUUGGUAACAAAAGAAUUGAUUGACAGAGUCAGAAGACACAAUUAUGAUGAGAACACAGCUGAGACUAGAAUUGCAAGGCUCACAGGACACAUCAGAUGUUUACAAGAAACAAUGGAAAAAUAUCCAAAAAAUGUGAAAGCAAAGCAAACAGUGCAAGAACUGAUUGAUAAAAGGAAAAAAUUACUUAAAUAUCUACGCCAAUAUGAUUAUAGAAAAUUUGAAUGGCUCUUAGAAAAACUCAACAUUGAAUACAAGGGCCACCCCGAAUCUUUCCAUAAAUUAUCAAGAAAGGAGUCGCUAAGGAAGCUUACAGAGAUGCACUGUGAGGAUAUUCGUAAUAAGAAAUUGUCAGAUUACAGAAACUUAUUAGAAAGUCAACAGGGUCCAUUCCUGAAGUCAAAGCUAGAAGCCUUGAAGUUCAUAAAGAAUGAGCAGAUAGAAUUACAGCUUCCAGUAACUGUAUCCGACCAAGAUAUCAAGAAAGUAGAGCAGCAGUUAGAAGAAUGGACAAUAAAAGAUCAAAUUAAGAAACAGGCUAUGAAAAAGAAGAGAAAUGUUCUAAUGGAUUUGGAUUAAUUUUAUAUAUGUAAUUAUAAUAUAGUAAAUAUAUAUAAACUGGAAAGAUUA